CUUGAGGCAUUGAAGUGAUAGUUCAGUGAUGGUGAACCUUUUAGAGACUGAGUGCCCAAACUACAACCCUCAUGAUGCACGUGAGCUCCCCACUUUACCCCAGUCAGGGGAGGGAGGAAGAGUGUCCAUUAAGCUGUUGGACAGAGGGGUGGAUGAUGUGAGGAAUGUCUUCAGGCCUGUGUGGAAGAGGAUAAGGAAGCAUUCCCCCUCUAGCACACAUGCCUUAAGUUUGUCAACAUGGUUAUAGGUGUUUGGAAGAUGGAGAAAAGGGUUAUUUUGGAACUUAGAGCACCACUGGAGAGGGCAGACUGGGAUGAGGGGAAGAGGGAAAGUUUUUAUCCAUGAGGGCAUCAUGGGGAGGUCACAGAAGUGCAAGGGGAUGGGGACCUCCAUGAUACUUACACUUUUCUCUUUGAAGCAGUCCUGAAUCUCAUUCUUCAAGAGAGAGAAUUGUGUUGCUGCCUGCUCAUACUAGCUUGGUUUGGGGAGCACACAUUUAGCAACUAGAAGAAGAAAGCUGGGAGACAUUUGGGUACUUUCCAAAGACACACUGGGCCAGAAGGUUUAUUACAGAAUGUUGGAGCUGGGUGGUUGGACCUCACAGACCAUUUAGCCCAGGCUAUACUUGAGCAUUUGUGCCUUCUACAACUUGUGAUUCAAUAAACACUUAGGUGUCUACUAUGAGUCAGGCACUGAAUGAUUGAUUGAUUGAUUGAUUGAUUGAACAUGUGAAAAGCUUUGUGCCAAGGCCUAGAUAUACCCCUAGAAAAGUCUUCCAGUCCUUGCCUUCCAGGAACUCAUAUUUUGAUGAAGGCAAUGCACUUGGAAGGUUUCAGCUGCAAGUUCAAUGGAAAGGUCCUAUGGUCCUUAGCUGGUAGCAGCCAAACAAAUGCUCAGUCUUCUUCUUUAUCACUGAGGAUAGUCAAAAAUGAAAGUCUCCAUACCCAAGGAGUUUAUAUUCUCCUGGGGAAGUGGGAGGAAGAACAGAGAAGUGAACACAAAAUUUCAAGAGGGCAGCAGCAGGAAGAACUGGGCAGAUGAUGCAUGAAGCAGCCUCUGAAGGAGCAGAGGUAUUCCAAAAGCUAAAGGUGAGGAGGGAGUCCACUACCUAGGGGGAGAGAGCUCCUAUUCAAAGACAAAGGGACAAGAGAUGGAAUGUCAUGAAGAGCCACUUUGACAGGGACAACAGGGAAAGGGAAGGAAUCUAAAACAAUGCUGGCAAGAUAGAUGGUGGUCAGAUGAUGGGGAUCCUAAAAUGCUAGGCUGAGGAUUUUGUGUUUUGUCUUGAAGGCAACAGGGAGUCAUUGAGGAUUCUUAAUAGGAGUAAUGCUGUCAGAUUCAUGUUUUCAUAUGUUUGGCAAAUGUAUGGAGGAUGUAUUGGAAAGGGGAGGGAGUGGAAGCAGAGAGACUAAUUAGUAGAGUAUAGUGAUUGUCUAGAUCUGUGUUGGUGAACCUAUGGCAUGUAUGCUGGAGGUGUCUGCUCUCUUCCCCCUCUCCAUGUGCACCUGAGGACAUUUCUUCCAUCACCCAUUCCUCUGACCAGCAGCCCAAUGGGAGUGCAUCCUACCUCCCCUGUCUGGGGUAAGGCAGGGGACUCACACAAAGUGUGAGGGUUGCAAUUUUGGCACUUGAUUUCUAAAAGGUUCACCAUCACUGGUCUAGAUGAAAGAUGAGGGUGGGAUAAUGAAUGGGGUUAGAAAUAGUGGGAAUAGAGAAAAGAGAAAGUGUUAAGGUAGAAUCAAGAAGCCUCAAUGUAUAUGUGGGAUAAGGGACACAGGUAAGCAUCCAAGGUGACUUCUAGCUAGAGAAUUUGCAUGACUGCAAGGAUGGUGGUAUCCUCAACAGAAAGGAGAAGUUUGGAGGAGGAGGAAAUAGAAGGAAUUCCACUUGGGAGCUACCUCUAACUCACAGUAUACCCCAUUUCCCUUCCUAAUAAAUGACUCCUGCUGGAGAACAAUGUCUGUAUCCUUGACUACUCGGUCCUCCUGGGUCCUCCUCUUUAGUUGGCUUCUGUGGUAUGUGGCUAAAUGUGCUCUGACCCUGUUCUACAAUUGAUGCUUUGGUAGCACAGUGAUAGAGGAGUCAGCACUACAGCCACAGCUAUAGAGGAGUCAGCAUCAGGCCCAAUGCUGAUGUCAGGGCAGAGUCCAAGAGAGGGGAUCUGGCUCUUCCAGAAAUGUUUUACUGUCACUUCCAUCCCACUCCAGAAUCAGAAGAGGUUCAGUCAGACUCAAAUCAUUGUCCAGAAGGCUUAUGAUGCUCAUACUUUUAAAAACUAAGCCUUGAAAUGUCAGAAGCUAAACAAGCCCCAUGAGAGCAAACACUAAUAUUUGCAGGAAGGAUAAUAAUGGCAGUGAUUUUGACAUAAAAAGGUUCUCAGAAGCUGUGCCAGUGGACCUUGGUUUUAGAAACUUAGUAAAUGUAUCUGCUCAUGCAUGGAGAGGUUGAGAUGUAGACAGUGGAGGCACUCUCUCCCUACCCCUCCUUCCCCCAAGAUAUUCUAGAACCAUAAGAUUUUAGGUUUUAUGUAACAAAGAUGGGGUUUAAUUUAUGUAGCACCCCUUCUAGGGCUACUUUGGUAGACUGGAUCCCCAGAGGAUAACUGAACAUUUCUCUCAUCAAAGUUCUUGAGAUAACUCUGGGUGGAUGGGAUUUCUAGCACAGCCACUCAUGAGCCCCCACACGUGUUUUUUCCAUUGACUAUCAGCCAGAUUUAAUUAACUUUUAGAAAGGGUAUUUACUAAGCAGGACAGUUAUUUGUUUUAAUUACUAAAAAGUAGAAUACUCUCUCCUUGCACACAGGCAACAUCCACAGAGAGGGGGCUUAAAUGUAUAAUUAAAAUGGGAGAGAGGCAUACCAUAGGGAACUUAUAUGACCAAAGGAGAGCCUGAAAAUUCCAGAUUAUUUUAAGUUCUUUUCUUCCUUCAUUGAAUCCUCAUGAAUCUCCAAUGCUUAGCUAUCUCCUUGACUCAGAAUCAGUGCCUUUCCAAAGCAAAUGGGGAAAGCAUUUAUUAAGCACCUACUAGGUUCUUCCAGGUACUGUGCUAAGUGUUCUUUAUCUUAUUUGAACCCCACAAUAACACUAUAAAGUAAGUGCUAGUAUUUUCCCCAUUUUGCAGAGGAAACUGAGGCAUGGAGCAAUUAAGUUACCUACGGGGCUGGAAUUCCUUCACCACUAAGUAGACUGGUCAGCUACUGGACCAUGGAAUUCUGAAUUGGAGUCAAACAAAUAUAUUUGAUCCUUUUAAUCAUUCACAAUCAUUCACUAGAUAUUCCCUUGGCAGGUGUAUCCUCUGCUUUCAUCCAACGAAAGUGUCCGUUAUACUUUGGAAUUGAUUUAUGGCUUAUUCACAACUGAUUUCCUUUUGGUUGACUGAUUCUAUGAGAGAUCUUGACCUCCUGGGGUUUCAUUCGUUGUUUCUACCCCACCCCUAAGGGAUCUACAUUUAGUCUAUCCAGUUAUAGAUUGGCCUUCAGUCAUUCAACUAGCACCUAUUAGCUAUCUGACUCUGCUGAGUCCUUCAGACAUAGAGAUGAGAAAGAGACAGUCCUGACCCUCAAGGACUUUCUGUUCUGAGAGAGGACAUGACACAGAUGGGAAUAAGGGGUAGGACCUGGGAUUCAUGGGGAGCGAGGAGCAACAUCUCUGCAUUUUAGUGUAUUGAAGAGCUGCCUUAGAGCCUUGGGAGGCUGGAUGGCUUCCUACCCAGGAUGGCUCAGAGGCCAGAUUUGAACCAGUCUUCCUGGCAUUGAGGCCAGCUCUUUCAAAAAAACACACAACAAAACCUUACCUUCUGUCUUAGAAUCUAUACUAUCUAUCAGUUCCAAGGCAGAAGAGCAGUAAGAGCUAAGCGAUUGGGGUUGUGACUUGCCCAGGGUCACACAGCUAGGAAGUGUCUGAAGUUAUAUUUGAACACAGGACCUCCUGUCUCCAGGCCUGGUUUUCUACCCACUGAGCCACCUACCUGCCCCUGAGGCCAGCUCUCUGUCCAUCACUUGUCCUCUCAGUAUGUGCAGAAUAUAUACAAAACAGAUACGAAGUAGUGAAUUUCCCAGCAUCUCUUGACCUUCUGGGACGGGGAAAACAUCAAGAGUUUUGGACAGUCCUUAGUUGAGUCCCACAGGCUCCAAUAAUUAAUCCCUAUUAGAAUUCUACCACCAGGGACAGAGCAGCUAGGUGGUUCAAGUAGGCAAGUAAUGUAAGCCCAAUUGCCUAGCCUUUACCACUCUUACUCAAUAUUGAUUUCCAAGAUGGAAGGCAAGGGUUUAAAGACAAUGACUUCUGUCGCUGAGGCCAGAAUAGAACAUGGUGGGAAAAUGAGAUUUCACUGGAAGAUUGUUGGUUUCUCCAUUUCCCAUUAUCCACAGAUUUAGGCUCAGUUUGGUUUUUUCUUUUUAAUAUAAGAAACAAAAGUCAAAAUCACCUUUUAAAAGGCUCACCUCCCAUAGGUGUACAGCCCCUUCCUUGUCUGCUCAUUCCUCCUCCUUGAGAGAUUACUUAAAAGAGGGUGAGGUGGGGAGCAACUAGUGGCUCAGAGGAUAGAGAACCAGGCCUAGAAAUGGCAGGUUUGGGUCCAAAUCCAGUGGAUGGCUACGUGUCUCCGCCUGCAUGGAGAAGGGGGCAAUCUUUUAUAGAAUGGUUGUCUGGGAGGAGGUAACCUGGAUUGCCUCUAUUGGUCAAAGUGGGCUAUUUGGGUGAAGUUCAUUGGGUGAUCCUGAGAUGGUUGGCUUUGGGAGUGGGGGCUUUUAGUUCCCAGGCUUGUGCCCAGUGAUGCAGUAUGAACAAGGUUUUGGCAUUCUGCCAGGUCUUGCUAUUGUGUUCUUGUCCCAGGUCUUGGACUGGUCCUGGGGGAAGCGCAGCUUUGAUCCCAUGACCUAUCACCCUCUGCACUAGCUACUUUGGGGACCAAUUUGACUCCAGGCUAUCUUCUUUGGCAAGUCCUCUGCCUCCUCCUUUUUUUUUUUUUAAUUUAAAAACCCUCACCUUCCGUCUUGGAGUCAAUACUGUGUAUUGGCUCCAAGGCAGAAGAGUGGUCAGGGCUAGGCAAUGGGGAUCAAGUGACUUGCCCAGGGUCACAGAGCUGGGAAGUGGCUGAGGUCAGAUUUGAACCUAGCACCUCCCGUCUCUGCCUCCUUCUUCUAUUGAGAUCUUGGCCUUCCAAGACUCAGUCUCAGAUCAAAGCCACCAUCCACUGCUUUUGGUCCUACUCAUGUGAGGCAGCUGGUGGGACAGUGGACGGAGUGCUGAACUUGGAGUCAGCAAAGCUUGAGUCUGAAUCCAGUCUCAGACACUUAUUAAUUAUCAUGUGACCCUGGGCAAAUCACUUAACCCUUUUUUGCAUCAAUGUUCUUCUUCUGAAAAAUGGGGCUAAUAAUAACACCCACCUCUCAGGGUUGUCAUAGGGAUCAAAUGAGCUAUUUGUUUUUCAAAAAGUGCUUAGCAUAAUGUCUGGCAUGUAGUAGGUGCUAUAUAAAUGUAUAUUCCUGUUGCUGAAUAAAUUUGGAGAAUAUCUUCAACUCAUGCGGAGUGGGCACACUAUAACAUUUCUUAUGAUCUUAAUUGGGCCUUCACUGAAGCAGCUCUUCCAUGCCAUUUCAUCCCACCUCACACACCCCAUCUCCAACCUUCAGUUUCUCAUAUUUUACUGGAAAAAAAAAAUAAGGCCGUCCACUUGAAGAGCUCUCUUAAGCCUUCUUCCUUAUCUCACAUCACCCAGCUGCCUUCUGCCUCCAUCUCCUCCUUCAUUCCGGUCUCAUGUGAAGAGGUGACCCUUCUCCUCAUCACACUAAGUCCCUUUCCAUGUGCAAGUGAUCCCACUCUAUCCCAAGUCUCCAGCCAAUGUCCGCCAUUGUCUCCUCUUCAGUUUCUCCUUGUCUACUGGCUGCUUCCCUCCUGCCGGCGAACAUGCCCAUGUCUCCUUCACCCUCAAAAACUCCCCUCUCCUGGGAUGCCCAUCAAUUGGGGAAUGGCCGAACAAAUUGUGGUAUAUGUUGGUGAUGGAAUACUAUUGUGCUAAAAGGAAUAAUAAAGUGGAGGAAUUCCAUGGAGACUGGAACAACCUCCAGGAAGUGAUGCAGAGUGAGAGGAGCAGAACCAGGAGAACAUUGUACACAGAUUGUACACAGAGACUGAUACAUUGUGGUACAAGAGAACGUAAUGGACUUCUCCAUUAGUGGUGGUCCCUGAACAAUCCACAGGGAUCUAGGAAAAAAAACACUAUUCAUAAGCAAAGGAUAAACUAUGGGAGUGGAAACACCAAGGAAAAGCAACUGCCUGACUACAGAGGUUGAGGGGACAUGACAGAGGAGAGACUCUAAACGAACACUCUAAUGCAAAUAUUAACAACAUGGCAAUGGGUUUGAAUCAAGAACACAUGUGAUACCCAGUGGAAUCACGCGUCGGCUACAGGGGGUGGGGGGGAGGAAAAGAAAAUGAUCUUUGUCUUUAAUGAAUAAUGCUUGGAAAUGAUCAAAUAAAAUACUAUAAAAUUUUAAAAAAACUCCCCUUUCCCACUCCAUCCAUCUCUGCUAGCUCCUGUCAGUAUCUCUUCUUGACUUUGUGGCUUACAUUCCUUGAGAAUGCCACCAGAAAUGAUGCUUCCCCUUCCCCUUCUUUCACUCUCUUCCUAAGCCCCUCAGUCUGCCUCUCUCCAGAGUUCUCCAUGCUCCCUCAACUGCCAAAGCUAACAGUCUCCCUGCCCCCCUUAGCUUUGCUGACCUCUCAGCAGUGCUUGACACUGGUUAUCGUCCUCUUCUCUUGGAGAAUUGCUUCCUUCUCAGUUUCCCUGAUAUGAGUUCUUUCUGCUCUCCUCCAACAUUACUGUUCCUUCUCAUUUCCUUUCCUGGACCUUCAUCCCUGGCCAUCCCCCAAGGCUCUGCCUGAGCCUCUCUUCUCUUCUAAACCAUUUCUCUUGGGUAUUUCAUCAGCAAACAUGGUGCGACUAUCACCUCUAUGCUAAUGAUUCCCAGAUUUAUUUCUCCAGACUCGGCAUCUCUAGCUACCUUUGAGACCCCCCCAAGUGGAUGUCAUGGAGACACUUUAAAUCCAUGUGUCUAACCCUUCCCCUGAACUUCCUCCUUACGCCAUCAUCAUCAUCCCAGUCAACAAGUACACCACACUUUAGGUGUAAUCUUCCACUUCAUAAAGCCUCACCAUCCAAAGCCAAUCUCUUGCCAAAUACUGUCGUUUCUACCUUUGUAACUUCUCUUAUAUCCACCCUCUCCUGAUUUGGACAUUGUUGUCACCCUGGCCCAGCCCUUCCUCAGCUCAGCCAUGGAUGAUUGCAAAAGCCUUUUGGCUGGUCUCCCUACCUCAAUACUUUCCUGAUUCCAGAAUCCCCUCUGCUCAGCUGGCAAGUUAAACUUCCUAAAGCAAAGAUCUGAUCAUCUCUCUGUCUUUCUUUCUCUCUCUGUCUCUGUCUCUCCCUCACACACACCCCGACACAUUCACACCUCUCACCUACCUCACUAAAUAAACUCCAAUGGCUCCCUUUCACCUUCAGAAUCAAAUCUUUCCUCCCAUUUGGCUUUCCAACCCCUUCACAACUGGACCACUUCUUACCUUUUCAGUCUUCUUAAACCAUAGUCCUCACCACAUAUUUUGCAGUCCAGUGACACCAGUCUCUACAGUUUCUGGAACAAGACAGUCCAUUUCAUGGCUCUAGGCAUUUUCUUUGACUGGUCCUUGUGCUUAGAAUGCUCUUUCUCCUCAUCUUCACCUAAAGGCUUCCCUAAAUUCUUUCAAGUUCCAGCUAAAAAUCCCACUGUGAACUUAGGUUCAAAUCAUCAUUUUUUUUCCUUCUUUUAACCAUUUCCUUCUGUCUUAGAAUCAAUACUGUGUAUUAGUUCCAAGACAGAAGAGCUGUAAGGGCUAGGCAAUGGGCCAGAUUUGAACCCAGGACCUCCCCUCUCUAGUCUGGCCCUCAAUCCACUGAGCCACCCAGCUGCCCCCUCAAAUCAUGCUUCUGAUCCAAAUGUCUUUGUAACCUGAGUCUGUCAUUUAAUGUCUCCAUUCUCUAGGUCAAUCAACAAGCAUUUUUGACAAUGCUUCCUAUUUUGUCAGGGAAUAUGCUAAGCACAGAAGAUAAAAAGAAAGGCAAAGUUAGUCUGACCUUCAAGGAGCUCCCAGUCCAAUGAGAGAAAUGACACACCAGUCUUGGACAAAGAAGAUGGAAGCAAGGUAUAAUGCAGAGAAUCUAGAGAGAAGGCACCAGCAUUAAGGGGAUUAAUCAUCAAAAGGCUUCCAGUCACCUUUCUAAGACAAAAUUGAAGGGAAGGCGCAGAGCUUCAGUGGGAGAGGGUUUCAGGAGGAAGCACAGAUCUCACAGGGAAAAGGGGAAUCAUGUCUCUCAAGCACCUAAGUCUGCCAGCGCCAUGAUUUCUCUUUCAUUUGAAUGGUUUAUAAAGUAAAAGUCCUGGAGUCUAGGUCAUAGCACCUGGCCAUUGAGCUUAAGGGGGACUCUCAGGAAUGUCCUCCUUUGAUGGAGGAGAAAACUUGGGUGAAGUGACUUGCCCCAAAGUCCAAUGGAUAAUCAAUAAAAGAGCUGGGAUUCGAAGCCAGAUCCCCUGGAUCCAGAGCCAAUACUUCCUAUACUUUAGGGAACAGAUAUCUGGAGAACCUACAACCCUGGACUCUGAGGAUCUGAUGGGCCAAAGCUGUGGCUCCCAAGUAUGCAGUAACGAUGAGAGAAGCCAACGAUAUCAAAGCCUGUGGAAAUAAAGAGAAAUGGAGUGAAAUCCUGGGCACGGGACAAAUUAGGAGAGAAAAGAGGCGUUUAGGGGCAACUUUGAACUCCCUCCUGGGGCCAAGAUUUUUGGUUUAUGUCAGCUGUGCACUUUCUAUAUGGGGGGACCGAAUGUGGCACUUCGCUCUGUCUGUGUUCCUGAUAGAGUUAUAUGGGCACAACCUUCUCCUGACAGCAGUUUUUGGCUUAGUGGUGGCUGGAUCAGUGUUGGUAUUUGGGGUCUUAAUUGGAGAUUGGAUUGACAGAAAACCAAGAAAUAAAGUUGCCCAUGCAUCCCUGUUUCUUCAGAACUCCUCUGUCACUGCCUGCUGUAUGGUCCUAAUGUUGGUGUUCUCCUACAAAAGCGAGAUUGAACGCAUCGGGCAGGGCUGGCUCAUGGUGGCCUGCUAUGUGGCAGUGAUCAUCUUAGCAGAUCUGGCCAACCUGGCCAGCACGGCCCUCACCAUCACCAUCCAGAGGGACUGGAUCGUGGUCAUCACUGGAGACAACAGAAGCCAGUUGGCUGGGAUGAAUGCAAUGAUUAGAAGGAUGGACCAGAUCAUCAACAUCUUCGCUCCUCUCUCCGUGGGACAGGUGAUGACGUGGGCGUCCAACGUCAUUGGUUGUGGCUUCAUCCUGGGAUGGAACUUGGUGUCUCUGCUGGUUGAGUUCCUGUUUCUGUCUAAGGUUUAUCAGCUAGUUCCUCAAUUGGCUGCCAAACCCCGGCGGUACACAGGGGACAGCUUUCUCAAAAGGCAGCUGGAGCUCAUCAGUUCUCAAGGGGAAAUUCACUCUUGUCCAACCAUCGAUGAGUUUGCCAAUGUGCCCAAGGAAGGCCCUGAGGACCGUCCGCCUCUGGAAACCCAGCCGGACGUGACUUCCAGGUUUCCUCUUGGCCUUAGAAAGAUCCAAAGGCUAGUCCGGACGUGCUGUGAUGGCUGGAAAACAUACUGCCGGCAAACGGUCUUCUUGGCAGGCUUGGGCUUGGCCUUCUUGUACACCACUGUGCUGGGCUUUGACUGUAUCACCACCGGCUACGCCUACACACAGGGGAUUGGCGGCUCCCUUCUCAGCCUCCUUAUGGCCAUCUCAGCCUUCUCGGGUCUCGUGGGCACGAUUCUCUUCACCAGGUUGAGACGGUCCUAUGGCUUGGUCCACACAGGCAUCAUCUCCAGCUGUCUUCACAUAGUCUGUCUGCUGCUCUGUGUGUUCUCUGUCUUCGCGCCCGGGAGUCCUUUUGACUUGGGGGUUGUCUCUCUUCCGCUCAGCCACAGCUCUUCCUCAAGGCACAGGAUGCUGGAAGAGGACCCGAUACAGGUUUCUCCUUUCGAAAGAAACAUCAACCAGCCCAUUCUUCCUGGCCGUUCCACCAUCCACUGGACCAAUAACACUGUUCUGAUGGAUGGUGCCCAAGAGAGCACCCAGCCCGAGUCAUACAUCUCCAUCAUCUUGCUCUUUUCAGGUGUGAUCUUGGCCAGAAUCGAUGAGGAAACUGAGCUUCAGAGAGUCAAAAUGCCUCGUCCUCCAACCCCAACAUCAUUUCUCUCCACUGAUGCUUCUCAGGUCCCAGCAGAUUGUGACUCUGGGCAAAUCACUUAACCUCAUGGUAUCCUAGACAAAGCUCUAAGAUGAAACAGGCCAGGUGCUGGCUUUCACUAGGGUCUUUUCAGACUUGGAACCCCCUACACUGAUGAAAUCACAUCUGGAUCAAACCUCCUUCCUUUUCCUUGUUCACCAGUUCACUUGUAUGCAUGUUGGGCUAGACUCAAGGGGAUUCUGAGGAAAUGACUUGAGCAGGGUGAAUGCCAUACCACUCUUUAGACUUCUAAUCUUGUAGAGGAUUGUAGAGGAUAGCCCGGGCUAGAGAAGGGAAUAGACCCCUUAUGGGGAACCUUUUAGAGACUGAAUGCCCAAACUACAACCCUCAUGCCACUUGUGAGUCACCCUCUUGCCCCAGAUAGGGGAGGGAGGAAGCACUCCCAUUGGGCUGCUGGGCAGAGGGACAUGUGAAAAUUGUCCUGAGGUAUGAUGGAGAAGGGGAAGGGAGCAGCUCCUCUGGCAUGGUGUGCCAUAGAUUCACCAACAUGGGAAUAGACAGAAUGGCCCCUGGUGCAGAGGUGGUGGGACUGAGUCUAGUUUGUUGGCAAGCCCUACGGACAUGUUGGUUAAGGCGUGGCAUGCAUGCCCCUGCAUGUAGGAGGGGACUGCUCUGUUCCCCUUCUCCACUGAGCCUGAGUUAGAGCUUAGAAGAGGGAGUAGAGCCCCAAAGACUCAGGACAGGGGCCAAAGGUCCCUUAGGUAGGAGUGAGAAAAAAGACCAGAGAGAGAGAAGAACCUUUUGAGGUCAGAAGGGCUGCAUAGCUGGUAACUAAUGUGAGCCAAGUUUAUUGACUAGGAAUAGGGUGUAUAAAGGAAAAAACCACAGGAAUGAGGGAACAGGGGGAGUGUGAGUGCAUGUGAGGUUCAGCAAGUUCAUGGUUAAAUGGGUACCAAAACAUAUUCUGUCUCAAGAUCAUUUUUCUAGCCAUCUGUGCCACUUCCUAAGAUAUUUAGUCUAUUGGGGAGAUGUUUUCAUUCCAACCUUUGUCCUUAGAUCUGGAAUAUUAUUUCCUAAGUUUAUACCUUUGCCUAAAUUCUUAGGCCCCAAACUUGGUUUGUCUCUGUCACCUGAGGACAAUUUUCAUAUUCCCUGCCCCUCUAUCCAGCAGUCCAACGUGUACACUUCCUCUCUCUGUUAUCUGGGGCAAUGGGGGGCUCACAGGCAGCUUGAAGGUGCAUUUUGGGCACAUGGUCUCUAAAAGUUUUGCCAAUGCUGUCCUAGGGUAUGGCAAAAUGUAGUAUGUAUGUGGAGAUGUAUGCCCUCACCAGGUGGCUUAUAGGACCCAGGCUCUCCUCCUUUGCCUGGCAUCUGUGAAUUUUAGAUUUACUCCACCCUGCUUAGUCUUUAGAAUUCUAGCAACCAGGAAUGUAGACACCCCCACUUAAGGAUUAACUGUAGGAGAGGAUGACCUAUGACUGGCGUGUACUAGCAAGUGACAAAUCAGAAACAACUGACUGACCCCCUGAGCUGUCCUAAGCCAAGCUUAAGCUACCAUUGGUACAUGUGAGACACAGGAAGUGAUGUAAAGAACUGCCUAUAUAUUUUGCAUGACUUCCUGUGAGCUCUCUCUGGGCGGCACUGGGAGCUUUGGUGGACUUGGCCCCAGAACUCGAGCCUGGAGGAGGUCCUCAGACUGCUUCCUUUUAGAAGGUCACGUGGUGAGUGAUAAGACUGACUCCCCCUUUCCCUUGGCUUUCUGGAGAGGCCCCUGGGCUGAGGCCUCUGAACUCCUGCUUGGCUCAGAUUGGGACGGAGCAGUCCAAUUCCCUUCUCCUUUCUCUCUUCUUCUUAAUUUCUUCCUUCUAUUGUAAUUAAACCACCAUAAAAUCCCAAGCUGACUUGAGUAUUUAUUGGGAUUGAAUUUAAAUCCCUGGUGACCACUAAAAUAAUAUAUUCAGUCAACAACCCUAAUUUUACCCUUAACACAUCCUAUUGUCUUGAAUAGUGUCUUCUCCUGGAAUGACAGACCACAGGGAGGGGGAAAAGGAAGGAGAGAGCCUCUCCCUGUUGUGAUAUUGAAAUCACUUUAAAAGACUGAUAUAUAUUAAUUUAAGGUCGCCAAGGAAUUCCCUUACAUAAUUCCUAAAUGAAACACUCAAGUCAGCUGCCAAAUUUUUAUGGUGUUUUAAUUAGAACAGGAGGAAGAAAGCACUAGAGGGAGAGAGAGAGAGAGAGAGAGAGAGAGAGAGAGAGAGAGAGAGAGAGAGAGAGAGAGAGAGAGAGAGAGAGAGAGAUGCCAGUCAAGUUAUUUCUUUUUUUUAAACCCUUAUAUAUAUACUGUGUAUUGGCUCCAAGGCAGAAGAGUGGUAAGGGCUAGGCAAUGGGGGUCAAGUGACUUGCCCAGGUUCACACAGCUGGGAAGUGGCUGAAGCCGGAUUUGAACCUAGGACCUCCCACCUCUAGGCUUGGCUCUCAAUCCACUGAGCUACCCAGAGAGAGAGAGAGAGAGAAGGAAAGAAGUUUAACUCAGAACCACUCUGGCUCAGGCUGAGCCAAAGCAGGCAUUAAGGCCUUGGAUAGCCAAGGCAGGGAAAGGGAUCAGUCCUUAUCACUCACGUGACCAAUCUGAAGGGGCUCUUCCAACCUCAAAUACCAGCCUCCAAAUGACUCUAGCCCUCCUCACAGGAAGUCCCAAGAACUCCAGAGGCUGUUCUCUACCUCACUUCCUGUGUCUCACAUGUACCAAUGGUGGCUCAGGCUUGACCUAGGACUGCCCAGAGGUCUGUCCUUUUUUUGCACAUGUCUGUUGAAGGCCAUAUUCUCAAAUAAUUAAAUCUUGAGUUUGCUGCAACAGCCCUUCCUAAUCUUGUUACACUGAGUAGGGAGGAGAAAUCUAGUUUCCAAGACCUGAUUCUGUUACUCUAAGUAUCUCUAUUGUUAUUGAUCAGGAAAUCACUAAAAUCAGAUCUUCUAAAGAAUGGUCUGAAUAGGGUGGAGUAGUUUUGAAAUUCACACUGUUCCAACUUUUUCUUCUCACAUAGGAUGAAGAAGUCUGAAGAGUUUGACUCUGUGUAUGUGUUGCCUUGCUUUAUGGGGCAAAGGCAUAAAAAUAGAGAAGUGGGUAGAGCCAGGGGCCUCUUUAUCCCUGGCCUGCUGCCCUACAUUUCUGAAAAGGGCCAAGUGUCCAUCUGACAUGGGAUGCUCCAGACCAUGGCAUCUGUUUCUGUUGUUCAGGGACCAGGUCGAAGGCAGCAGCAGAAAAGGGAGUGAGGAAGCCAAGCAAGGCCAAUGCCAGGGGGAUACCAGGGGCUUGGGCAUCUGGGCAAGGGCCUGGAGAAGUUAGAAUAAUAAAGACACACACACACAGUGAGCUCGAAGCUCUCCAAAUUUGGGAAGGGACAUGCCAUGGAUGCAAGUCAACUUAUUGUGUGUGUGAAAGGGUAAAGAGGAGAAACAGGAGAAAAGGGCAAAGCCUGGAGAAGGGUCAAAUUGUUUAUUCCUUUGGGCCCAAGUUUCCUCACUUGGGAAAUGAGGGUAUUGGCCAAUGUGCUCCUAAAUCCCUUUCAGCUGGAAACAAAUCUACGGGCCUUAGAACUCUGAUACUGGACCAAGCUUCCAAGGACCAUGGAAUGCUGGGCCUGGACAAAUCCCUCAUGUCAGAGAUGGGGAAAAUAAAGCCCAGAGGGGGAAGUGAUUGGCCCAAGGUGUCAUAAGAAAUCAGAAGGGAGGCAGGAUGUGAACCCAGGAGUCCUCAGUCCAAAUCUGGACCUUCUAUACAUAUUGCAGACUCUUUUGCCUGCUUACAAAGAGCCCAUCAUAUUGUGGUUUCUUAGGGUGUGGAGAUGGCCAACCUUUCAAAGAUGGCAUCUGGUAAGUUUGUGGAUAACAGAACCAUGCCAGGGCUUUCGGUCAGCUCCUAGCAGGCCUGCUUCCCUUCAGCAAGAGGAAGAACUGUGGGUCCAUUGCUAACUCACUGAGAGCAGUUCUUCCACUUUUCUCUGGUUACCUGGGAAGAAACCUCCUUACCUAUAUUCUUUAAGAACCUGUUUAUACAUGGGUGGGUCCUCCCCUGUUGCUGUGAGGUACCAUGAAAAAUAAAGCACUGACUUUGGAAUCAGAUGUCCUGGGUUCCAAUCUUGCCUCUGACAUUGGCUGCCUUGUCACCUUGACCAAGUCACUUCUCCUCGAGUCUCAUUUUCCUCACCAAUAACUUGAGGGGAUUAAGACUCAUGGCCUCUGGGAUCCUUCUGGCUCAAGCUUUAUAAACCCAUGAGGGAAAGAAUAUCUUUAGUUGGAGCUGGGGAGUGGGGUGGGGGUCAAGGAAAGCUUUUAGGUGAAUGGGCCCAGAAAGUCAGAGGGAGGAAUAUGAGACGUGUACCCAGGUUUCCAACAAAACUGCCUUCUCUUACUCCUGGGGGUUGGCCUUCUUGCCCUUCUCCUUAUUUCCAUUUUCCCAAUCCCAGAAACCUAUACCCACCUUGGAGCUAGGAGUUCCCAUCUGGGGGCUGAAGAGAAGGAAAAGAGCCCAGAAUCAACAUAGAUCUGUUGUUUUGGGCAUCCAAGGUGGAACAUGGCAUGCAUUUUUUCCCAUAGAAAUAGUGUUCUACAGGCUGAUUAGGGUACUGGGCAUGACCACUGUGCUUAUGUUAUGGGUUACAGAGGCAUUUACUGGCUGGCCUGAGAACCGUGUAGAUGAUUGUUUCUAUGGGAAAAUGUUUGUCAAGUUCCAAACUGACUUAACAUGCUAAUUUUGGGAACACAACCCAUUUGGAAGUAAGCCUGCGAGGAGGAAGAAGGGGCCAUUGUCUGAAAGGGCCAAACAAAAGAAUUUGGUAUCUUGUUAAUCCAGGUACCAUUUGAGGAGACAGCUGGGGCUUUGGCUACAUUUCAGCUCAGAGCAAAGGAGAAAAAUCCCAUUAGCCUCCCAAUCAUGCAUGUCACGGACCCAUUUCUGGGAAAGUAUCAGGUACCACUGGAAAGCUAAUUUGUUGUUCCAGGCAUCCAGUUCCGUCCAUCUAUUUCUCAGCCCCCCCCCCCCCCAUUUGUGAUGCUUGCUGAGGGGAUCCCUAAACCCUAAGUGUCUUUCAAGGAUUUCCUGCAUCUCACUAACAUAUCAAUCUCCUAAACAUGUUAAGAGGCUCGAUGGUACCAGUGUGCAAGGGUUACCUUAACCUAUGAAAUGGAAGAAGGCCAAUCCCUAAUUGUUCUGAAGGUAUAAUCCCAGUCCUACACCAGCUGAACUACUCUUUAACCGCUUCCUGCCUAAAAUUCUUUUUUUAUUCAUUAUUAAUCCCAUAAGUAAAAAAAAAAUCUAUGUUGGGGUAACUCAGUAGAUUGAGUCAGCCCUAGAGAAGGGCAGUCUUGGGUUCAAAUGUGGCCCUAUAUACUUUUUAGCUAUGUGACCCUGGGCAAGUCACUUUACCCUCAUUGCCUAGCCCUUACUGCUGUUCUGCCUUGGAACCAAUACACAGUAUUGAUUCUAAGACAGAAGGUCAGAAGUUUUCAAAUUUUUUAAAGCCUACUAUGUGCCAGACACUGUAUUAACUAUUAGAGACAUCAGCAAACACCUAUUUACCAAUGAGAUGCAGCCAGGAUAAAUUAAGGAUCAGCUCAGAGGAAGGUCUUGAUGUUGGGAAAGGAUGCUUAGAGAAGGUGGUAGUUUGGCUGGGCUUUGAAGGAAGCCAGGGAGAGCUCCCAGGCAGAAGGGAUGUCCAGGAAAAAUUCUCAGAACAGAGAAGUGUCCUAUGGGAGAAACAGCAUGAAGACCAGCAUUCCUGGGUCAUAGACUAGGUGGAAAGGAGUAAAAAGAUUGAAGAGACAGGGAGGACCCAGGUUGUGAAGAACUUUCAAAACCAAAUAGGAUUUUAUCCUGAAGGUAUGGGGGCCGUGACAGUUUAUUGUUUGGGGGUGACAGAAUCUCAAGGCCAAGAAGACCUGAGUUCAAGUCCUGCCCAGUUGGGCAAGUCACUUAAUCUCUUAGUGCCCCCAAGGCAUCUAAGGCCCUAAAGUACUGAGGCUACAACGGGCACUGGGAGAGGGAUUUCCCACCCCUCUGCAUAGGUCUAAGCCCUAGCACCUUACUAUGUGCCAGGCAGCACAUGUGUCUCCAAGGAUCUUGACUUGAUUCAACUCUUCUUGGUCCGGGCCAUACUAUUCACCCAGCUCUGGUUCCUCGGGCACUGUCAGAGCUCCGCUUGUUUCACUGAGCAGGGAUGAGCCAGUAAAAAUGCCCAGGGUCAGAAGAGGAGGUGUAGGCAAGAUCCAUGCACACGGGAAUUUCAGGAAUUCCUGGACACAGGGGAUAGAUACUUGCCACUAAUACCAGUCUUUUUUUUUUUAAACCCUCACCUUCUGUCUUGGAAUCAAUAUUGGGUAUUGGCUCCAAGGCAGAAGAGUGGUGAGGGCUGGGCAAAGGGAGUGAAGAGACUUGCCCAGGGUCACACAGCUGGGAAGUGUCUGAGGCCAGAUUUGAACCCACGACUUCCCGUGUCUAGGUCUGACUCUCAAUCCAAUGAGCCACCCAGCUGCCCCCCACCAAUACCAGUCUUGGAAAAUGUAUGUGCUUCGAAGCAGGACCUUGAAGUGUGCUCUCUUCCCCUCCCGGGAAAGAGCAGUCCACACAGCCCCUGGUUUAUAAAUGAGGAACUCAAGACACAGACAGGUUAAGUCGAGCAAUCAACAGCAAGCAUUUAUUCAGCCCCUUCUAGGGUCAGGUAGCAGAGAAAAAGGCAAACCCCGAAAGAGUGUCGGCUCUCAAGGAGUUGACAUGGUAGCAAGGGAAGGAAAAUGCCUCAAGACCCAGGAUUGCCAUACAACACAGAAGAAAUGCAAAGUACUUUAGGGAGGCUCUGAGGGACUUGUCCAAGGUCCCGGCCAGUUAGCAAGCUCCAAAUUCAGGAACCGGCAUUUAUUCUAAAUGCCUGCCCUAUGCAGUGUCAGUCAAACAGCCUCCCUCCCCCCCAAUAUCUUCCACUCUUCUCAGAGUAGACCUUGUCUUCUUAUCGUUCUGUGCUUCCCAGACCCAGGCAGAGCAGAGAAUUCUGCACAUGCCCAGAGCAUUUCAGAAGAAAUCGAGUAGGUAGGAGUUGGCCUGUUGGGUUGGGAAUGGGGGCUGCACCUGCAGCUGAACCCUCUUUCAGAGAAGGAAGAUUAUUGGGCUCCAAGGCAGAAGGCUUCUGGCCAAGCCCCAGCCCCACCAGGGGUGACCUCACCCAAGGAAGCACCCUUCAUUUCCUCAUCUAUAUAGAGGCUUCUCGGCCUCUUCUGGUGAAUUCUGAAGGAAAGCUGGGCUAUGGAACCAGUCUAGACACAUCCCAUUAGGAGGCUUGAUUCCACUGCAUUGGGCUUUUUGAGGAUGCCGUCGUUUAUUUAGAUUAUUCACAUACUUUCCCAACUGGAAUGGCAGAAGGUCCCUAAAACUCUUCCUGGAAAGCCUGCAUGCCAGCUAAGAACAGUAGUCAAUGAGAAGGGUGCCACCCUCCCCCCAGUUCUGCCAUUGUUACCUGCAUGACCUUAAACAAGUCACUCCACCUUGAUGUUGGCAUCAGGGAGGAAGGGGAGAUGGGAUCUUUGAGCUUGGAUUCAUCUCAACUUCCGCAGCCCAGGGCUCCAAUGAGGGUCUGUCCCUGCUGGCACUGGCACCAGCUUUCUCUCUCAUUCAAGGACCAGAACUG